AUGAUGAGGGCAGGUAAUUGGAAGCCUAAUGUGGUUACUUUCGGCACAUUAAUAAUGGGCUUUUGCAUGAGGGGUAACAACUGUGCAGCUAUUCAAUUGCUCAGGAAGAUGGAGGAAAGGCCUUGCAAGCCUGACCUAGUUGCCUAUAGCACAAUCAUUGACAGUCUUUGUAAGGAUACACAAGUUGUUGAUGCAUUGAACCUUUUCUCAGAAAUGAUAAGCAAGGGUAUUGCCCCAAAUGUCAUUACCUAUAACUCUUUGAUGAAUGGAGUUUGCAAAUUAGGCGAGUGGAAAGAAGCUACAAGGUUGCUGAAUGAAACAGUCAGUAAAAAUAUCUUUCCAGAUGUGUUCACGUUCAAAGUCUUGGUAGACACACUUUGUAAGGAGGGGACGGUCGUGGAAGCCAAAGGUGUAGUUGAAAUGAUGAUUUAA